GAGGCGGACCAGAAUCUCUGUGCAGGCUCAGGUGUAGUGUUAUGGUUACAUUUUAAAUCACAAUGCCCUUCCCAGAGCAGUCAGCAUAACAUGAAGUGCAAUGCUAUGGAGCUAUACCUCACAGAUGUCCAUCCGAUAUAGCUGGGCUUUUCUCAUCAGUCAGUGCUUUGUGGUGCAGAUCGUGCUUGCAGGUAGUCUUCUGCCUCCCUUGAAUGUCACAACGGUGUCCCGUAAUUUCAGAAUAUUUCUUGUGUGGCUUCCAGCUCCUGAAAAUCCUCAAGAUGUAUCAUACACAGUGCACUACAAACUAGUUUCAGAGACAAAGUGGAAACCAGUCAAGCGUUGCAAAAAUAUUAAGGUGACUGACUGUGAUAUAACCUGUCAUCUUAAAGAGUAUUACUCCAAUUACAAUAUUAGGAUCCGAACCAUCUCUAAAUAUUAUAUGUCUUCAUGGAUAAACAGCGAGAAGAUCUCAUACAUGUUUACAGUUGAUCCUGACCCACCAAUACUACAAAUAACACACGUGGACAAAACCAUGCAUAUUAAUGCAACUUUAAAGAAACCGGCUUGUAUUAGGAAUUAUGAAUUUGAUGUAAAGUAUGUUUUAGAGAUCUGGAAGAUUGGGAAACCUAAUGAGAGCAUACUAAACAUUACGACAGACAACUCCAUAGUGACACAGGAAACUACUGGACUCAUCGGGACUUACUGUGUAGCUGCCCAGACAGUAUAUCAGGUGGAUCGGAAAAAACUAAGCAAGUUCUCGAGUCCAAUAUGCCAAGUAUUUGAAGAAAACAACACACACUGGGGCCUGGUUAUAGCAGUUUUCCUGUUUGGUUUCCUUGGUUGUGGUUUUCUUCUGAAUUACUGCACCUGUAGGAUGACUAACGUAGCCAAAACACCACAUGCAUUGGAUUUUACAAACUACAAGCCUUUCUUUGUGACUCCAGAUGCUACCUUGGAGGACUAUGAUAAGUUUACUGUGACAGAAAAAAAGAAGCCCCAUUCCAUUAUAAUUUCACUUUCUACUGGACAUACAGGUGUUUACGAUGAUUACCUAUCAUGUGGUUUUGGUUACACCGAGAAACAUAAAAAAAAAGAAUUGCAAUCUAAAUUGGGAGACUCUACCGGUUACACGCAAGCACCCAAUGGAAGCACACUAUCAUAUAACAGUAGUGGUAGGAGUUCCUCAUCUGAUUUUAGCUUCGGAGAAUAUUCAAGGAAGUCAGACCCAACAAUUCCUUUAACAUUGACAUUGGAUAAUGUCAAAAUUAAAGGUGAAAUAGUUGUUGAAAAGGGUAAUCAGCUGGAGAUUAGCAAUAAAAAAUCCAAUGUAGAAAGAAUCAUACAGUUUAUGGAAAACCAAGAAAAUGUUCCAUUUGACUCACUGUGGAUAGCAGACCAAUGUGCACAGAAGCAAUCUUCAGAUUGUGAAUCUUAUGACCAAUUUUCCUCAGAUAACGAAGACUCCCAUGAACAAUCAAAUGAAGAUCUUACCAUAUACAGAAUUUCUGACAGUUUGUACAAUACAAGACAGAAACCCAAUAGAUGCACUGGCUAUGGACAGAGGGGUUAUACAGCAAGAGACUGAUGAAUUACUAAAAUGAUUUAUUCACAUAUUGUUCCAGAUUGGAACACUGAAUAGAAACCUCUGUGAGGUGGAAUUUGACUGACACUCUUAUUUAGAAG